UACCGUUAUGUUUAUCAGUUUAUCAUUCAAUAAUUGAUGGAGCUUGACCUGUUGUCUUUUAUGCAUGGAGGGCAGAGAAGUUUUUAAACAAAGUUUUCCUUUGAACUGCUAGAUACCUUUGUGCAGCUAGAUAUUUGCGUCGAUGACAAUUUUCGGCCCUUAGGCCCCCUUCUUUCAGCUUUGGUGGCCUCUUUUGUUUUCAAACGCCCCCUCCUCCUUGCUGACUGCCCCCUGUGUUCACUUCCUUUGUUUUGCUCCUUCUUCCGUCCUUCUUCUUUUGAUUGUGGUUAAAGAAGUGAGGAGUGAUUUAAUAUUUUAUCACCAUUUAUCCCAUAUCCCAUUAUUCCUCUCACUUUCAUUGUUAUUUUUCACUCUGUUUUUGCUCCUCUUCGUGAUUUAUUAUUAGUGUGGUGUAUUUGUAGUCAGAGAUGCGAAGUGGGGAAAAGCUAUGAGAAAAUUGGAAAAUUGAGGUGAGGUGGUUUGUUGGUGGUAUUUUGUUUCUUUUUCAUUUCAGUCCAUUUUGGUUUUUAUUCCAAUCAUUUUGGACCUAUCCUUUUUGGUCCUCCCUUUCCUUCCUUCCCCUGAUUCGUUUUUCUCUCUCUUAGUUUCCCGGCCACUGUAAAUACACUUGUAACACUUUCUAAUCUCUGCUGUUCAAGUGGCCCUAGAGCUGCGAUGGACGGAUGCUAGUUUUUAUGCAAUGGUAUAUAGCACCAAGCAACAAGCAGUUUACCACUAAGGGCGAUUUUAUUUAGGGUUGUUUGACGAGACGAUACGUUAGACCAUGGUAACGGCUAUUGUGAUUGAUUUACGCGAAUUUAUUAUGUACAAAUAAAAAAACACGGCUAAGAAUAGCAAAUCCAACACGCCUCGAAAAGUUGCGCUUAAAAAUUUGUUGGUUUCUAGUUGGUAGACUAGCAGACUGGGAAAAUAAUAACUCUCCUUUAUCUAACCUUAAAUUUAAUUUAUAAUCUACUAUUGUUACCGUUUUCUGCAACAGUAAGCAUCAGAUUAGAGAAAAUUAAGCUAUCUAGGUAAGGUUGUGGGAUUAAUCUCAAAGAGUGCAACUUCAAGAAGAGAGUGACGCAGACGAUCGAAUGAAAGAAGAGCACUGAUUACAGUGAUUCAUCUGCGAUACACAACCUGAAAUUUGAAGCUGCGCAACGACCGAAAACAGCAGUAUAAAAAUGUUCAACAAAUCCAAUAUGAAAUGCCUCAUCUUCCCAGGAGCUUCCAACGCCGCCGCUUCCGCCUCAUCCAACCAAAAAGGAGGUCAACAAGGGUCAAGUGCAGAAAGUAGCAUUAGACAGCAGCAGCAGCAUCAAACAGUUUUUGGGAAUCCAUCAUUGCUGCAUGCACAGAACUUGCAUCUUAUGGCAUCGGGAUCUGUUUGUCAAGAUAGUGGUGGAGGCCAGGAGGAGUUCAUUUGGGAAGCGCCACAACUCAGUGGUAACGCACAAUGUCAGUACGAGUAUCAAAUGUCACCUAGACAUAACGCCAUGUCACAAUAUCUCCACUUGCCUACAAGUACCCAACAACAGCAAAGACAACUUUAUAACCGCGGCUCAGCAGAAACGGAAGGAGCGGUUAGCGAUUCCAGUGGUCAACAUCAAAUGAACCCUAUUUCUCGGAAUAUGGAUUACAGUUACAACAACAGUCCGAGGGCUGCUGUUAGCGGGACUCAAGGGGAAAAUAGUGGAGGGGCAAUGUCGCCUGCACUUGCGACUAUGUUGAUGUCGGACCCAAGUCUGUCGGGACAUGAGAGUAGUAGAAUGACAGUCGGUCAUCAAAGCUCAGGAAAUGAGCGUGACUCUUCCAAUGCUGAGGACUUCCAACCUGUUCUUGGUGCUCCCAGAGUGCCUAUACGCAGACCCAUGUCCUGCUCGCCCUCCAUUUCAAACAGAGGUAAAUACAAUGUGAGCAGUCAAUCCACCAGACUUCCCUACAACCUCACCCCACAACAGCAAAAACAGCUGCAGCAACACUUGAAUAUGUCUGCAUCUCCAGUUACUACAACAUCCGCAGCCUCAAUGAUGUCAGCUGCUGCUGCUCUGGCCUUCAAUCAGCAACUGAUGCUCAUGCAACCACAUCGACCCUCGGGUCCACAGAACGCAAGACGGACGGAGGUUGCAAGUGGUUUGAGCAGAAAGCAGAUGUUUGAAUUGUACCAGAAACAGCAGCAACAUAUGUACCAAAUGCAAAUGCAGUACGCCCACCAUCAGCAGCAGCUGCAACAGCAGAAUGCAUCAGGGGAACAGCAGGGAACGAACCAAAACGAAUCACCGCAAUGUGAUCUGGAACACCAGAUGGAGAGUCUGUCAAACUUCGGAGACAACUGUAGUAGAAGUAGCAAGAGCAGAGGAAGCAGGAGCACCAGUGGCAGGAACAGACAUAGAACGAGGAGUAGGGGACGGGCCAGCAACAGCACCAGGAGCAGAAGUAGAGGAGGUGAAAGAAGUGGGAAUGAGACGAGGCGCAGUGGGUCCCAUCAUGCGAAUGUGGGACUGGGAGUGUCCUCUGGGGCCUCAGUGGUCUCGGGAGGCAGGAGAUCCCACUCGGGCAGACACCACAGGAAUGUCACUUCCCACAAUGGGGGACAGCUCAGCAGAUCAAACCGACGGAUGUUGGGAGGCUCCAUGUCUUCUGUGAGCGCGAAAAGUCACAAAUCCAAACGCAGAGACAGGGAUAGAGAUCGAGACCAUCAGCAAUCUCGAUCUGCGAGAAGAUCCAAUGCACGCCGAGACAGAGAUAGGGAUCCACUUGCUACGUUCCAGUUGCUGUCAUCACCCAUGUCGCCCUCAGCAUCUUCGUACCGUCACCCUCAAGCAAGGAACCGAGAUAGAACCGAAGAUAAAAGAGGAAAUGAGGGUGUGGAAAAUAAUGGGGGAGAUAAUGAAGGUGAAUCUCCAACGUCCAAUGCGGCUCGUGAUUGCGACUGUGCGUGUGCAGAGAAGUUGUGGGACUUGGAGCAAAGGUUGGAAGGGUUCAGAGUGGCAGUUUUGGAAGAAAUGCAAUACUCGUUGGAAUAUAAUAACUCGAGAUGGGCGAAAUUCGACAAACGGUUCAUCAAAGAGCUGAGGAACAUGCGAGACCUGUUUGAGUUGCGAGUGGAGACUGUGCGACUGGAGAGUGAACAGAGACUGCAGGCCAAAGCACAGCAGGAGAGGGAGGCUCUGCAGGCACAACUGCACAAUACACAGAGUCAAAUGCAGUCAGCGACAAUGCAGCUAAUACAGAACUCCUACAUGGCUGCCGCGGCUGCUAAUCUUCAACACAGACCACAUGCGAUUGGAAUAAACCGUAGACUAAGUCUUCCUGACCUCAUAACGACUCCCCUUACCCAAGACGAGUGUCAGAACGUGUAUGAUAUAGCGUCUGGAACAUGCAAUGUACCGGAGUCAAACAAGCGUGCAAUGGGGAGACACGGCAACAAUCACUACGAAAAUGAGAAAAACAGAGAUAAAGACAUCAGUACAGGUCGAAAUGCGACCACGCCUAUAUGUAUAACAUGCUCAGAAGGAGGUACCGGAUACAAUACAAGUGGAUGUGUAUGUAGUGUAUUUGCAGCACGAGACAGCGGGAUAUUCGAAGCAAGUGCGAGUGCGAGUCACUCAAGUAACGCAUCGUGUAACCAUCACUGCUCUAGCUGUGACGUAUCAUCGGCAGCUCUUUGUCAUUUGCAUUUACAAUCACAGACUCAAGCUGUUCAACAACACCUGAUGAAUACAGCGAUAAGUGAGAAUAACAGUCAUUCUACAGAUGCAAAUGUUGACGGUAUCGGGAAGCGAGGAUCAUUUAGUCACCAUACAUACAGUACUUUGACAUGUGAACCAGAAGCAGAGCCAGCAAAUAUCCGACCCCAAUCUAGAUUAAAUUGGAACAUGCAGUUGGCGAAUGUGUCUUGUGACACGAGCAUCACAGGUAGUAGAGAUUCGGAGGUGGAGAAUGAAAUACAUCUUAGACAAGUACCGGUACUCAAAUGUCUGCCAUCGGAGAGACUUAAACAGCACUCGGCGGCGACAGCUAAAAGAGUCGGAAGCAAUUUUACAGCCAAAACUACAAAUGAUUUUGCGGGUUUGACGAUAGACACUGAGUUAACAAGCAGGCCAGCAUUCCAAUCUCAGCAAACUCCUUUGUCGCAACAGAUGAGUGGAGGAGCAGAAUCAGGAAUGAAUGAUCGGAGAGGGUUUAAAUUGAGUCCGUCAUCUAUUAUUAUGUCGCCAGGAGCUGCAAGUGGUGGUUCGGACUCAAAAACAACCAAUGAGAAUUUGCGAAUGACAGCGACGGCUACAGGAGCGCACAUGCAGAUCCAGAAAACUGAAAGACGGGACCAGCGAGAUUCGAAUAGCUCCGCGUCCUCUCAUUCAUCCGCGACAAAUACAAAUGAAGGCACUGCUGGCAAUAGCAGACAGUCUAAUCAGGUGCAAUCUUCUAAGCGGGAGGAGUCUCCGAAUAUCAGUAGUGCUCGCAGGAGCAUGAGAGAAAGAAAGUCGAGUCCGUCAACGGCGAAGAACCAAAGUGGGUACAUAAGCGCACCUCAAAACCAUUAGUUUGAAAAAUUAAAUUGGACGUUGAUUAAAUUUGAUUUAAUCUUAGCAAUAUAGAUAAAACUCCAGCUCUACAUGAGCUCCUAGCAUAAAACGUUUUUUUUUCAUAACAGAUGACCUGUUUAGUUGUGCUCAGAAUUGCUUCAACUUCAGCACUAAUUUUAAUUUACUGAUGUGUUGCCUUGAAUGAAAUCACUUGAAGACAAUUUUUACUGAUUGAUAUGCUUCUAAAGGCUUCUUCUAAUGUUAGAUUUGAUAGAUAAUCUCAAUGAAAAUAAUCAAUUUGUAUACAGUACUGAUUG